AUGUCAUCUGUGGGCUUUGGGUAUACCCGCACUGAAGUACUUAAUAUUGCCUUAGACCUUGCUGUUCAUCUUGGCAAAAGAGAAAAGGGUGAAAAACCAUUUUCCCUGCGAUGGUUUUAUGGGUUUAUGAAGCGAUGGCCCGAGCUUAGAGUUCAAAAACCACGAUCACUUGAAAUCAUGCGUGCCAAAGCAACAUCAAAAGAUACCAUCAACAAAUACUUUGAUAGCCUGGAACAGAUUUUAGACAAGUAUGAUUUACGAAACAGUCCAGAGUCCAUCUACAACAUUGAUGAAAAAGGCAUCGUAGAAAAUCACAAACCCCCAUCUAUUGUUGCAUCACGUUCCAAUGUCCCAGUUGCUGUAACAACGAGCAGGUCCAACACUACUACGGUUAUUGGGUGUGGAAAUGCCCUUGGUGUUGCCAUACCACCGUAUUUUGUUUUCAAGGGAAAGCGCAUGCGGGAGGAAUUGUUAGCAGGUUGUACGGCAGGCACUGCAGGAACCGUUAGUGAAACGGGUUGGUCGAAUACUGGUAUUUUUCAAAAGUAUCUUAAAGAACAUUUUUCAAAGUAUGUUCCAGCAGCAUCUUCUGACAAGCCUGUCUUAAUUCUUUAUGAUGGUCACACGUCACACAUAAAUGUUUCCCUGAUCCAGUGGGCACGAGAGAGGCACAUAAUAUUAUUUGUAUUACCUGCUCACACAUCGCAUGUUCUUCAGCCAAUGGAUGUGGGAUGUUUCGGCCCGUUCGAACGCAUUUACAAUGGCAUGAGACAUACCUACAUACGCGAACAUGCAACAUCGGGUAUUGACAGACAUUCCCUUUGUGAGACUGUCUGGAAAGCUUACUGUGCAGCACUCACACCCGCCAACCUGCAGUCAUCGUUCAGAAAGACCGGGAUUUAUCCAUUUCAUAGAGACGUUAUACAGCCUUCAACAUUCCUGCCUUCAGCUGUUUUAAGCAACAACAUGGAGUCAGAAAAUGAUCACAAACCAGGGCAACUGUCAACUGUGAAGACAAUUCAUCAAAAUGCAAGACGUUUUUCACAACUGCAGAAGAAGUGA